CGAUCAAACCAGUGUCCACGGAGAGAGACUCCAACAUCAGGUCAGGUGAGUGUUGUUCGAAUUAGGGGUUAAAAAGUAAGUAAAAAGUAACAGGCUAGGUGAGGAGGAUGGAUUUUACAGCAUGCAUGCAAGGAAGUUCAGCAGCUGUUUUGAUUCACAGUAAACAGAUGUCACCAGGUGACAGAACACACUAGGGGUCUGGGUAAAUGGUGUGAACGCUGUCCUGAAAUUUAAAUGCACCAUAUCAUAAUGUAGAACAAUUGAAGGAAGGAAAGGUUCUGGACCAGCAGGCGUUCCGGGAGCCUUGUUCAGAUAUUUGGGCUUGAGUUCAACUUUGUAAAGGUGCAGUGAAUGUAGAAAGACUCCCAUGAGAAAAAAAACAGCUAUAAAUGUUUUCAUUUUCAGGCCUUCCUGAUUUGAGGGAUCACCAUGGCAACCAACGUGAUCAUCAACAACAACCAGCCCCAGGCUCCGACUCUGGUCGCUGUCCAGUCCAACCAGUGGAGCACUGGCAUCUGUGGCUGCUUCGACGAUUUAAACGUCUGUUGUUUUGCCUACUGGUGCUUUCCUUGCUUUGCCUGCAACACCGCCUCUGAGUUUGGAGAGUGUUUCUGUCUCCCCCUGCUGGAUCUGGUGUGGACCGCCGUCCAGAUGAUGUUUGUCCCAUCAUGCACUCCGCCUGUGUCCAUGUCAAUGAGGGUUGCCGUGCGUACCCGCUACGGAAUCCAGGGUGAUAUGACAUCUGACUGCAUGUACGCCUCCUUCUGCAACGUCUGCUCCUGGUGCCAGAUGGCAAGAGAGAUGAAAAGACGCAAACAGCCGCCCACCGUUUUCACCGCCCAGCCAAUGUACAUGGGUCCCCAGCAAUAUAUGAUGACCACCCAGCCGGGGGUCAUCACCUCUCAGCCAAUGAUUUCAGCUGCUCCUCUGUCUUGAACCCUAGGGUCAUGUGACUCCUGGUUCUCUCAAAAUCCUCCUUUCUUUUGGGCCUCUGAGUUUCACCAGUUAUCUAUCUAAUCAAUCUAGCUGAGAAUUCUCAGAGUGAGCCGUAUUUGGGUCUACUUUUAGAGUUAGACGGUAUAAGAAUUUUAUCAAGUUUCCAAAUCCAGGAAUAUCAUCUCAUCUCCUCCAGGAUAUAAGGCAUCUACAGAGCUGUCCUAACCUGUUAGGAAGUGGCAUAAGAUAAGGCAAACACGCUCACACAUUCCAGUAGGUGGGUAUAUAUAGACUGAUUGAAAGAUAUGGAUGGAUUUAAAACUUAUAGGACUCCAUAGACACAAUUUAAUGGGCAUAAUAUACAACCACUGCAGCAUUAGGCCCCCUUACAACUUUUAUAGAAUCUUUUGAAGUAAGUUUUUUUAUUUCCCUGGAUUUGUCAGAGUCAAAAACGUCUUGAACAGAUAAGGACAGACUGUGUCAACUGAUGUAAACUAUUUUUAAAAUGGGUGUCAGUAGCCUAGUAGUGUCAGUCAUAAAUACAUGAUGCAAUUUCUGUAAUUAAUUUCACUCAACCUGCAUCAAAUCUUCUCAGAGCCUUUGGAAUGUAUUUGAGAGAUGUCAUGAUUCAUUUGAUUUGAUGUUGCUUUUUUUCUCAAAUGAAAUUUGAGUUUGUGUAUGAACAUUCAGAAAUAGCUUUUGUCCUGCUCUGAGGUAGGACUAUUUUUUAUCUUUUAUUCAGAAUGUUAGGAAUGACGCUAGUCUGGAUAAAUAGGAAUCCCUCAGUUAGCUCUUUAACUGGCUACUGUUUGGCCAGAUACCUAUACCUAUUUUUAGUUCGUUCUUAACACAACUGUUAAGUGUGAGUGAAAACUAAAAGUUAAAAUCUUAUACUUUAACUCAUAUUUGCAAACAAAAA